AUGACUCGCCAGUAUACUGUCUGUUCAAGUUGCAGGUCCUGGAUCUGGACGGACAGAGUGCAGAAGACUCCAAAGUGCAAGUGUGGGAAGCAGUGGCCAGCUGCGAAGCAAUGGCCAUCGGUGUGGGACUCAGCUUCCUGGAAGCCUGAGAAGAAGCCGAAGGCCUCAAGGCCGCCGUCGAAAGUGUUGAAGGCCCUAGAUGAGCUCUGGGGGCAGAUACCGUCGGAGGCGCAGCUGGCGCUUCAAAAGGCAGGCUUCCAGAAGAAGCAGAAGGAAGAGGUUACCUCUCCUGAGGAUCCUUUGGUUGCCCUGCUUGAGAACCACAAGGACCGGCUUCCUGAGGAGGUCAAAGCAGCGUUGAAUGAGCGACAGGAAGGCCUGAAGCCGACAGCUAAAGAGCAAGCUACCAAUGCAACGAACGACCUCAAGCUAGCAUCGAGCAAGUUGCGUGAGCUGGGACACCGCAAGAUCCAGCUGCAGACGAAGAUCGAUGCUACGAAAAGCACGCUGGCGGGUUUGUACGAAGACAUGAAGCUCCUCCUUGCUGAGCUUGUGGAGGCAGAGAAGAAAUCAUCAGAGCUCACAAAGGCUUUCCAUGAGACGGUUCUGCAGGUACCGACAGAACAAGCUGUUCCGGAAUUGGACCUGCGAGAAGUCAUGAAGACCUUGGGAGUCGAUCUCAGUGAGGAGCAAAACAAGCGAUUGCACGAGCUUCAGGCUGAGCAUGGCGCAAAGAAGCGGAAGUUUGCGCAGGAAGCCCUGGCGGCAGCAGGAUUGCCACCGGGAUUGAGCGACUCAUCCCAGGGACAGGGUCUCCCGUCCCAGCAAGGCCUUGCAGGUGCACCACAGCAAAUGCAGGAGUGGUAG